AUGAAUCAGGAAACAGUGAAAAAACCCACCCAGGGACGGUUCUCACUUUUACCCGUUUGUCGCCGGAACUUUUGCACAAUUCUGGAGUUCAGACCUACGGACUGCGCGGAGUUGUCAACUCCAGGGGUUGAGCGCAAAGAAACCGCAGAUCUCGCUUCGCCGCCCACCCUGUGGGUGGCUCUUCAGCUUCCGGGAGCGCUGGAGGCCCCUCCCCCAAGCGUCCCGGGCUCCCGACCGGCAGGUGGGCCUUUCCCGACCACCCCCCUGACUCGGGGGGUGGGCGAGAGGGUCCAGCGCUUUAAAGCCCCCGCAUCCUUUCACUUCCAGUUUUUCAGUUCCCAAACUCAGGCUGCUGAGUGCCCCAAGGGUUUCUCGUCCUCCUCGCUCGUUCCUGAAGCCCAGGCCGCACAGGUCCUUUCCGCGCCUCGCCGGGCUCUCGCGGCCACCGCGAGGCCGGGCGGGCCCCUCAGCCGCGCGCACGCGCGCCGCCGCGCUCGGGGCUCGAACCCGCCGCCGACUCUCGCCGCAGCCCGGAGGCCUCCGCGGCAGGACGGUGGCCACCGCUGCUCGCGUUCCGCGUCAGGACCCCUGAAAUGUCAGAGGCAGCCUGCAUGUAUGUAUUUCAAGAGUGCCGAGUUCAAGCUGUCCACUGAUUUAAAACUCUUCACGUUUUUUCACACUAAUGUUGAAUCGUGCAGCGUUUGUCUCUUCCCCGUCGGCGUAAACAUACACUCCCGUGGAGUGACUUGAACACUGACGCUGUGGUAUUGGUGGAUGCAGAAAUAUUUGUUAUAAAACCUUUGUGUGGACCCUAUCGUGUACAUGCUAAUAGAGGCUAGCAUUUAUCGUUUCGUCCUGGCUCUGCGAUUAGUCCCUGCGCCGAGUGCUUUCGCGGAGGAAUGUGUGCGAACCUCACAACUCUUCCAGAAUGAAAAUUUCAUUCAUUGGAAUGAAAAUUUGGCACACACCCACGAAGAAUUGAGAGAAGAGUCAAGUUGCCUUUGAAGACAGGAGCACAAUGCUGGUGAUGAAGAGGAGACCUUAGCUAAG